GAACCCUUUGUCCUUAGCUUUCCUGACUUUGACUGUUCCGUGGUUUUGAGAUUGUCAUCCCUUCAUCACUAUGGCAGCCCUUUCAAUGACUCAGCUAUGAGAAACAGUAGCUCUCCUAAAAGUAAUAUGUUCCUGAAAAUAACUGAUCCCUAGAUUAUUAGGGUAUGUCAGGAAAUACCUUCUUAAGACCCUCGUAGACUCCCCAAGUCUGUCCUCGACUGGCUCUUGUCCCCUUUGCCCUCCAGGGCACAGACUUCUACUUAGCUCUUCUCACGUGUACUCACUGAUUUGCCAACUCUACGGUCCACGCCUUGUGCAGGAAGGAUGGCUUAUUUACCUUUUAUUCUCAGCACCGCAUUCCUUGGCAUGUCCUCGGUAAAAGUCUGUGGAUGAAUGAAUGGAUCUGUCCCAUUUGAGGAGGGAGGUGGACAUUGAAGUGUUAUGUGAAAGGAGCACUGAGUUUGUGAAUUGGGUGCAACCACAACCGAGGGCAGAUGCUGUCAGGAUGCUCGCGGCCACUUUAAAGUUGGUUUAAGCUACUUGCAAGAGAGAGGUAGCAAAUGAUAGCUAUUUGGCAAGAGAUUCUGGCAUUUAGUGGAUGUUCAGUCACUACAGGGCAAAACACUAGGGAGAUUCACCCCUGAUUUUGUGCCAUGUUUUUGUGUUCCUUACGUGUUUUAUGAAACCACUUAACCAAACUUGAUUAAGUCCCUUCCAUGUGCCUUCUACUGUGCUAGGUGCAGGGAAUACAGAAGAGCAAAGUGUGGGCUCUGUCUGCGGGGAACCCACAAAAUAGCAGGAGACGUGAAUAACUGAGUAGGAGCCGUUUCCUAACAGGAGCCCCACUGGCAGCUGGCUGGUUAAGGGGAAAGGCUGGUUAAGCAGGAAAUCAUAUAAACGUGUUUAAUUUUCAUCUAUAAAUGCACAAGCACUUGCCAAACUUUUGACAUAAGACCGAGGCCUCAUCUUUGAUUAUGCGUUCAUUGCAUAGAGUUCUGAAUAUUCUUACAUAGGCGACUCUCCUCCAUUUCUUUUUAGAGCUUUUUAAAGCUUUCUUUUUAAAGCUCCAAUCUUUUUAAAGCUUUCUUGGUUAUUUUCCACUUGUCUUAUCCAACGUUUAGGUCUAUGGCAUUUUUUUUUUUAAAGCUACUCGCUUUUAUUGAGUUCUCCACAGUAUUCAACAUAGGUUUUGUAGAAAUAAUCACAUCUCUCUUUUUCCAUUCGUAUUUCAUCAGUUCAUGCAAUAAUUGUAAUAACAAGCAUAAUUGGCCUAAGCAGAUUUGGGAAUGCACACGAUGAUCUUGGUGAGAAUUAGUGGGAACAGAGGUAGCUGAGCAGGCUAGAGAGGCCAGUAGCCACGAGUGGAAACCCUGAGUGGGCAGCAGGAAUGGAGAAUGCCCGUUACUCUAGAAAGUAGGUCAGGCAGAGGUCAACUGAGAAAAGUGUGUAUUGUUCUCAACAACAUAGCAGAGUACGUGCCAUAUAAAUAAAAGGUUAUACUCAAGUUCAAAGGUCUAUUAAUUCUUCCUGGGGUUUUGGUUAAGAUUCCCAGCUCCUAUUUUACAGCAGAUUUCUCACAUCUUGCAGGAAUGUGUUAAUAACAAUUGUUAACAUUUAUGGAACUCUCUUUAUAUGCGGGCAUUGUUCUAAGCAUCUGACAUGGAUUAACUUGUUUAACCUUUAUGACAGUCCUGAGAGGAAUUUCUAUAUUAUUAUCUCCACCUUACGGAUGAGAUAAUGACGCACAGAGAAAUUUAAAUAACUUGCCCGCAGUCACAGAGCUAAGAAAUGUUAAGUGGUGAAGUGGGAUGAGAACCCGUCCAUCAUGAUUCUACAGCCAGAGUUUUUAACAAUUGUAUACUGCAUUUUUCUGUUAUAUUCUCCAUCUUCGGGAACAUGAAAGAUUCUGAGUUGGUUUGUACAGAUUUCUCUAGGACUAAAACAUAUUCACGACAGGAAGAUCUUACACAGGGACAUAAAAGCACAGAACAUUUUUCUUAGCAAGAAUGGAAUGGUUGCAAAGCUCGGGGACUUCGGGAUAGCAAGAGUUCUGAACAAUUCCAUGGAACUUGCUAGAACUUGUAUUGGAACACCUUACUACCUGUCCCCAGAGAUCUGUCAGAAUAAACCCUACAACAAUAAAACGGAUAUUUGGUCUCUUGGCUGUGUCUUAUAUGAGCUUUGCACACUCAGGCAUCCGUUUGAGGGUAACAACUUACACCAGCUGGUUCUGAAGAUUUGUCAAGCACAUUUUGCCCCAAUAUCCCCGAGGUUUUCCCAUGACCUGCAGGCCUUGAUAUCUCAGCUCUUCGAAGUCUCUCCCCGAGAUCGGCCAUCUAUUAAUUCCAUUUUGAAAAGGCCAUUUUUAGAGAAUCUUAUUGCCAGAUACUUGACUCCUGAGGUCAUGCACGAGGAAUUCAAUCACAGCAUCACUCAUAAAGCAAGAUCAUUGGCUUCUCAACCUCCAGGGAAGGGGAUCCAAGAUUCUAAAAUACAGAAAGCAAGAUUCCAGGCAAAGUGCCUACCAAGAUCAAGGAUAUCAGUGCCUGUUAAAAGGAAGGAAAUAUUACAUAGAAAUGAAUGGAGACCACCAGCUGGAGCCCAGAAGCCCAUAGCCAUAAAAAUGGUAGAAAGGCCCAAACUUCCUGCACUCUGUGGUCAUUAUGAUUAUUAUUAUGCUCAACUUGACGUGUUGCGGAAGAGAACUCAUGAACCAAGUUACCACUGUGUUCGUCCAAAAGAUUCUGGAGUGGAGGAGAAUUAUAAACAGGAAGAAAGCCACAGUCCAUCACCAGGUCAAUGGCCUGCUGAAUAUCUUCAGAGGAGAUUUGAAGCUCAACAGUAUAAGUUGAAAGUGGAAAAGCAGUUGGGUCUUCGUCCAUCUUCUGCUGAGCCAAAUCACAACCAGAGACAAGAGCUAAGAAGUAAUGGAGAAGAGUCUAGAUUCCAGGAGCUGCAGAUCAGGAGAAACAAAAUGAAGGAACAGGAGUAUUGGAAGCAGCUAGAGGAAAUACGCCAACAGUACCACAAUGACAUGAAGGAAAUUAGAAAGAAGAUGGGGAGUGAACUAGAGGAGGACUCAAAAAUAGGUUAUAAAACCUAUUUAGUGAAGAAAAGUGACCUGCCCAUCCCCCAAGAAGCACCUCAGGAAGAAGCUCCUGUACAGGAUAUUGAAAGAGACUUGAAACAAAUUAGAGUUCAGACCAUAAAGGAAAGUAACAUUCCAGAACAGAACUGUAAAGCUAAGAGAGGAGUGAAAUUUGAAAUUAGUUUAAACCAAUGUAUUUCUGAUGAAAAAACCCUCCAAGAGGAAGAGGUAACGGAUGUGCGAAAUGAAACUUUGACCUUUGAGGAUGACAUGAAGCUUAAGAAGUAUGAAGAUUAUACAGACAAAGCAUUUGAAAAACUCUGUUGUCCAGAAGCAGAGUUGUUCAUUCAAGAUACUGGUGCUGCUGCAGAGAACAGGAGACAGUGGGACGCACGAGCUCCUCAGACUCUCCUGGCGAUGAUGGCAGCCGGUGACAUGACCUCCACCUGUUCCACUCUGCUGGGCGGGGAAUCUACACUCGUUCAGUGUGGCCAAGGGAUUGUGACUGAAGGAGUUCCAGAAAAUAGGAAGCAGUGGGGGCACGAAGUGCCAGGAGCUUUAAUGAACGCUUUGGCUGCAGCACGUCUAACAAGUAGCUCAUUUUAUGCCAACGAAGGAGAAUUGGUGGGAACAUUAAAACAGUGGCUUCCUAGAGAAGAUGAGGGAAAUGUGGGAAUGGCCCCUGGCAUUGAAGUAGAUGAGGAACAACCAAGAUCGGACGAUGAUGAUACAAAUUUUGAAGAAUCUGAAGAUGAGUUGAGAAAUGAAGUAAUAGAAUCCCUAGAAAAACUUGCUACUUCUAAAGAGGAAGAAAACAGAGAAGAGUCUCCUGGUUUUUCUAAGGGUGCUGGAAAGUUAGGAGGAAAGGAGAUAAGCAUACAGAAAUAUGCAGAAUUCAGUGAAGGUUUAGAGAAUAUUUCUACUCGAUCUAGUGACAAAGUAUGCAUUGCUGAUGAAAACCAAGAAACAUCAACAACCCAUCAAAAUGUACAAGUGUGAUUAUUGUACUUUUUCUUAAGUGAUAAGUUAGUAUCUAUUAGGUAUAGUGUCUGGGCACAAGUCAUUAAUAUUCAUUCUGUAAGAGUUUGCCAGUCAUCCCAGGGGUUUAUUAAUUUUUCUCCCAAUUUAGACAGUAAGGCUGACUAAUUUGAGUAUAGAAAUUAAUAUUUUUACUUUAAAAUUUCUAUCAAGAAAUCUUUCAGACAGUAGAUGUGAUAGGCAGAGUAAUGAGUCUCUCUUCCUGCCACCCCGCAGCACACCCAGUGAUGUGAAUAUAUUGUUACAUGGUAAGGGGGAAUUAAGGUUGCAGGUGGAAGUAAGGCUGCUACUCAGCUGACCUUCAAAUAGGGGAGGGUGUUUUUGAUUACCCAGGUGGGCCCAAUGUAAUCAAAGGGUGUUUAACAGUGGAAGGAGGCAGAAGAGAGAACCAGAGAGAUGUCAGGGUGAGCGGGGAUGAGCCUGGUGCUGCCACCUUUGAAGAUGUAGGAACAUGCCAUAUGCCAAGGAAUACAGGCAGCUUCUAGAAUCUGGGAAAGGCCAGGCAAUGGACUCUCCCCAGAAGCCCGCAGAGGGAACACAGUCUUGCUGACAUCUUGGUUUUAGCUUCUGGAAAUCCACUUUAGACUUCUGACCUACAGAAUUGUAAGAUAAUAAAUUUGUGUUGUUUUAACUAAGUUUGGUAGGUUUAAAUUUGAUAAAUUUAACUAAAUUUGUUAAGACAAUGGUAGAAGACUAAUACAAUGUACAAACAAAUUCAUUUAGAAUAAUCUGCCAUUAUAGAAAACUGUGAUUUGGGGAUUUCUGAAGUCAUACUGAAUACACUUUUUUGAAGCUGAUGUUGACACUCAAGAGAGUAGGGUAAUUGAGCAAAGAGAGGAUCAAGGCCCAUCAUGUUAAUUACGCACCAAAUAUUCAUUUUAUUAUGUUUUAUUGAAUUAAUUCCUAAUAGCUUCAAAUGUAUAGAUUAUAAGCUUCUUGAAGGCAAGAAGCCAUCAUCUUACUUACAUCUUAUAUCUUAUUUACAUUGUACGCUGAUCUUUUUAUAUAUGGUGCUUAGCAGAGAACAAUCCCAGUGUUGAACAUGUGCCUGGAGUUUAAUAGAUAUUUGUUGAUUUAUUGUGUUGCUUCUAUGAAGGACAGAGUGGUUAUAAUUCUAAGUGGUAGAAUUCUCCCUGAAAUAGAUGCUCUGGAAUAAAAAUAAAACUGAAAUUACACAUUAAUACAUUGCUAAGCCAAUGAAACAAGGAUGAGGAGGGGUUGGUCAGAAUAUUUCUAAGGUCUGCUUAGUAUUUACAUUUGAUAUAAUUUUAUUAAAUGUGGGGAAAGUAUCAAGAUUCCCCUAACUGUCGGAUGCAUCCUGUAUUUUCCUUGGUGAAAGUUCCUUUCAGCUUGGUGUAUAGGGUUUCAAGCUGCUCUUUAAGAGAGAUGGCUCAGUAUGGUCACAUCAUGAGGCUGAGAAUACUUAAAAAUUUCUUACCACUGUUAAUUUCAACCGUGGUAACACAUGACCCCGAAAGAUUAAAGCAUCAUUAAUCCUACUGACUCUUACUGGUCAGCAUAUACGUGUUUUACUUUUGGAACAUUAUGUGGUUAAGGCAUGAUAAAUCUGUUAAUAUGC